AUGCAGAGAGAAUAUUACGGAAACAAAACGACGACGUACACGCAGAUAUUGGUGGUGUCAUCCAUCGGUUUGAUGAUUGCAGCCGCAGUGCAUUACCGUCUAAGAAGGCUACGUGACUCCAAAAUCAUCCCUCGUCUCAAAUCAUGUCACAAACACAAAGGCCAUGAGAAGCUCGAGAGAUUCUCUCAUUACGUCGCUAGGCAAAUGGGGUUCAAGGACAGAAGAGACUGUCCAAAUCUCUGCAAGUUGGCAGCAGAAUACAUCAGGAAAUCAGAAUUGUGUGAAGAAGACAUCUACAGCUUUUUCUCUCAAGAGCCUGACGCUGAUUCUCUCUUCAUUAAGCUCGUUGAGGAGUUUGAAAGAUGCAUUCUUAGCUACUUUGCGUAUCACUGGAGCCACGCCGAUCUCAUGAUUAGUCAGAUACUGAGUGCAGACGCUGAGCCCAAGAGGAAGCUGAAGCAGAUUGUGAUGGCAGCUACAAGGGAACAGAGGAUCAAGAGGGUGACUAAGAACUUGAAAGUGGCGAGAGUGUUCAACACUUUGGUAGAGGAAAUGAGAGCAAUGGGGAUCGCGUCUAUGGAAGACUCACAGUGUACUGAAGUUAUGGCACCAGUGGCUCACAAGGACCGAAGCCCGGUUCUACUCCUCAUGGGUGGUGGGAUGGGUGCAGGAAAAAGCACUGUUCUCAAGGACAUACUCAAAGAAGCGUUUUGGGCAGGAGCAGACGCUGUGGUGAUUGAAGCUGAUGCUUUCAAGGAAUCUGACGUCAUUUACAGAGCCUUAAGCUCUCGUGGCCAUGUGGAUAUGAUCCAGACUGCUGAACUGGUUCACCAGUCAUCAACAGAUGCAGCUUCAUCGCUGCUAGUGACGGCUCUGAACGAAGGGAGGGAUGUGAUAAUGGAUGGGACACUCUCUUGGGUACCUUUUGUGGUGCAGACAAUAACAAUGGCGAGGAACGUGCACCGUCACCACUACAGAAUGGGAGCAGGAUACAAGGUUGGUGAUGAUGGAAUCAUCACAGAGAAUUACUGGGAACGGAUUGGUGAAAGACAACAGACGCAGGAGGAUGGGCGUAGGAGAAAACCGUAUAGAAUAGAAUUAGUUGGAGUCGUGUGCGAUGCGUAUUUAGCAGUUAUAAGAGGCAUUAGGAGAGCUAUCAUGUGUAGAAGAGCGGUUAGGGUGAGAUCGCAGCUGAGAUCUCACAAAAGGUUUGCAGAUGCGUUUCCUACGUAUUGUAACCUUGUUGACAAUGCUAGACUCUACUGCACCAACGCCCUGGAAGGCUCACCAAAGCUGAUAGGUUGGAAAGAGAAGGAAAAGACGUUGCUAGUGGAUCCAGAGGAGAUAGACUGUUUGAAGCGAGUAGGAGGGUUGAACGAGAAUGCAGACUCCAUUUACGAGCUCUAUAAUCAACCCAAUCCUGCUUGUGAAGCUGGAUCAAUCUGGAAAGACAUUGUUCUUUCACCUUCGAGGUUUAACAUUCAACAGGAGCUCAAAUACUCCAUUCAGAAAGUUGAAAGAUCUAAACAACAACUCAACAACAUCAAAACCUGA